AUGGACAGGAUCCCCAAGUUCCGUCGCAAACCCAAGAAUCCCACCAUCGAGACCGCCGUCGAGCGCUCCAGCACCGACACCGUCGAUAGCAUCGCCAGCGCCGAGAUUCAAGCUGCAAACACCCAACAGAAGCAACUCCAGCCCCAGAAAUCCGCGACUAAGCUGUCUAAGAAGUCAGCUUUCCGGAAUUUCCGACUACGUGCCUCGGCCAAACGGGCUCGCGAGAGCUCUCCUUCGGAACUACCCUCUAGUCCCCCUCCCGCCAUCGUCAGCCAGGACGGCAUCAAGAGCCGGCCUGUCACAGCGGAUGGCAAUGUGAUCAAGAAUGGGAAGGGCGCGACGCUUCAGAUCCCUGCCUUCUUUGACUCGUACAUGCAAGACAUCGACUUCAAAUUUCAGGAACUGACCUGGGCCGAACGCGAUCGACUCCUCGAGGGCACCAAACACGAGUCAGAGGAGGGUUUCAAGUGGGGGACAUUCAAGCAACUCGAUGUGCCAGAGAAGGGUCAGAUGGACCGAUACUUCAACAUCCAACCUUGGAAUCACAACCGCGUCCGACUCCAGGUUCCCGUAAACGAGCUCGAUUAUGUCAACGCCUCUGAAAUCACUCUCGAGUCACCGUCCGACCCCGACAAACUACCGCUCCGCUACAUCGCCAUGCAGGGUCCCACACCACCCUCGUUUGGCUAUGUCUGGCGCAUGAUCGCCGAGCAGCUAUCUUCCCCCGCCGUCAUUGUCCAGCUCACCACCAUGUCCGAGGGUGGCAACGUCAAGUGCGACCAGUACUUCCCAGACAGUGAAGAGGAUCCCACCUGGGUCAUCAACGAACAGAACGCAUGGGGCGACGGCUGGAAAGCUCAGCUCACUCUCGACUCUUUGGAUGAGCUCUGCGACGGAUCCAUCGAGAAGCGCAAGUUGUUGCUGCAUGUGGAAGGCGAGGAGGAAGCCCGUGUUGUCUGGCACUUCCUCUACCGGAGGUGGCCUGACUUUGGCGUGCCCGAGCUCGAGGAUCUUGAUGGCUUCUUCGAGCUCAUGCGGCUCUCCCUCGAGCACAGCGCGCCUUCCAACCCACGCAUCAUCCACUGCAGCGCCGGAGUUGGUCGUACUGGUACUUUCAUCACUCUGGAUCACCUCGUACGCGAGCUUGAGUCUGGCGCUUUCGAGGGCUAUGAUACGCCAACUCAGGGGACCGAUCUCAUCUACGAAACCGUUAGCAUCCUCCGAGAACAACGUAUGAGCAUGGUCCAGUCAAAACCUCAGUAUCACUUCCUCUACCAGGUCAUGUGCAAGCUCUGGCACGAUAAGUAUGGCAUUGACGAGGAGGGCGGCGAACCCGCGGCUAAGAGGCUUGAAGUAGGAGACCCGUUCCUUGACGCAGGUCCUGGGCCUGAUGCCUACGAGGUGGGCAUCGCGAGGUAA